UCUCCGGGUCUUUAGUCGCAGGGUUCAAGUAGCCGAGGGCGGGCCGGUGAGUGCGUUGACUAUUGAUUGAGGUGUGUUUCCCUCGCGUGUUAUCGUGUGAUAGUUAUAAUAAUAAGAUAAAUAUAAAUUAUAACAAUAUAAUACUACGUAACAUAAAAUCGUCAAUCGAAAGUGUGUGUUUAAAGUUUUCGCUUUAACACGAGGUGGAGUUUAUGGUUACGUUUCGUUUAUACAUGUAUUGAAAAAAAAAAAAGAGUGCCGAGCUGCUGUGCAGCAGUGUGAAGGAAUCUAAAGUUUCGGGCGAAGUUUUUUUUUUUUUUCUUUGUUUUCUUUCCCUCCGGUCGCCCUCCUCUUUCCUCGGUCCUUUGGACUUCUUAUUUUCGUCCCUGGUCCUCCCUUUAUUUAUUUAUUUUAUUUUCUUUCACUCUGGUUGCUCUUCGUUUCGUUCUACGCCCGUUCUUGUUUCUGCGGGAGUUGCAGAACGAACAAUGGAUAGCAGUUCGGGAACGCCGUCAGAUACGACGGCGGCUACCGCUAAGAGCGGUAAUAAAAAUGGUUCAAAAAACGGCAACGGAGGUCGCAGCAGGGCCGGGAGCACGGGGGCGUCCAGAGGAUCAGCAUCAGGAUCAGGUUUAGAUCCCGAACUCGAACCGGAGGGUGGCGUUAGGACGACAACGUCAUCUGUAAAUAAAAAUUCCUCGAUGUCGCGAAGGGACGGCAGGUCGCCCUCUCUUUCUCCGUCGCCAUCGCCGUCCCCGUCCCCGUCUAUGUCCUUAUCCUCCUCGUCCCCGCCGGGGUGUGGCUGUGCCGUGGUCACCGCGGAUACCGAGGAAAUCACCAUCAGCGUUACCCCCACUACGGGCGGUCACUUUGAUCUCAUCGUCGACCGGACCGAAAGUGUCGAAAAUCUGAAGAAAAUGAUUUCAAAGAAGUUAAAGGUCGCCAAGGAGCGGAUUUGUUUACUACACCGAGAGAGGCAGCUACGGGAAGGAACGUUGCAAGAAAAUCACCUUCAAGAUGGAAGCCGACUCACGUUAUUACCGAGCGUGGAAACCGGCCUUCUCGCACAGCGACCGGAACAAAGCGUUAUGCAGGCACUGGAGAGCCUCAACGACUCUCAGGUGAAUGACUUCCUUUCGGGAAAAGCACCGUUGAAUCUCACGAUGCGUUUAGGGGACCACAUGAUGCUGAUACAGCUGCAGUUGUCAACCGUCACACCGGCAGCACCGAACGGACCCGGGGGAUCGACGACGUCGGCGACGACAUCAACGAGCACGACGACCAGCACAAACACCGGAAACAACUCCGGGACACAGAGUAGACGAUCCGCCGUUCUUACCGCUGCGAGGCAAUCCACGACCCCUUCGAAACUCCAGGCGAACACCGCGGCCGCGAGAACCUCGUCCCUCAUCAGCAGCCUAGCUUCGGUAUUGCAGGCUGCCGCUAAUUGCAAUUCAAAUUUGUCAUCGUCCUCGACGACGACAACGACGACAACGACCAUCGAAUCGUCGUCAUCGUCGUCCUCAUCUUCCUCCUCCUCCUCCUCCUCCUCCUCGUCCUCCUCCUCCUCGUCCUCGUCGUCCUCGUCAUCGUCCUCGUCGACUACCUCCUUUGCUACCGCGGCACCCGGGAAACCACCUAGAACAGCAGCUAGCCCCACAAGUAUGGAACAUUCGCAUAUUACACGUACACAUUAUUGCACGACAGACUCACCCGCCUCACCGACCCCGUCGCCACCUCCCUCCGCGCAGUCCUCGCCAUCGUCGACGCCGACUGCCCAGUCUCCUAAAUCAGCGAGUUCCCCCGUCUUGACGUCCGGGAGCCGACAGUCCUGUAUCCUCCAUCAUCACAAUCACCAUCACAGUCACCAUCACCACAGUCACCAUCACUCUAGGAACAAAUUAUUGUCGUUCGAUCCCCUACAGCCAUCGACCUCGUCAGAUACCUCCAAUUCCCAAGAAACAAACAACCAACAUCCUUUAAUAUUAGGCACACCUCAGAAGAAGAAAUUGUGCACGAACCACCACCACCAACAACAACAGCUUCAACAACAACAACAACAACAACAACAACAACAACAACAGCUACACCAUCUACACCAAAACGAUGGGGAACGGAGCACGAGAAAAAACGAGUGCAACAAAGAAUCCGGGGUUGACGGUGGCCUUGCAACGAGCUGCAAUUCACCCGAGAGUCCGAACGGAAACAACCUAAUGGACGGAGGAAAACCAACCGCCACACUCGACACCAGAGCACUCGCAGAGGCAUCGAGAAAUCUCACACAGACGCUGAAGCAACUUUCCUCUGAGGUACUCACUUCGCGGGUCGAACUCGCUGAGGAAAACGCGAGGCGUAGACAAGGGGCGAUAAUAGAGAGCAUGCAUCACCAUGGGAAAGGAGUAUACUCGGGGACAUUCAGCGGCACCCUAAAUCCAGCUCUUCAGGAUCGUCACGGGCGUCCCAAACGGGACAUCAGCACCAUCAUCCACAUAUUGAACGAUCUUCUUUGCGCAACUCCCGCCGCUACAGCUGGCCACUACAGACAUCAUCACAGGCAUUCGCAUGCAACAAAUAGACAACAACAACCAACUGCGACUAUCACCAGCACGACGACAACGACAACCACGACUAUCGCAUCUGGUGAGCACGGCAUCUCCACAACCACCUAUACAACGGCAGAAGAAUUAUCGAAAGAGAACGAAGCGACGAAAGGAAAAAUGAAGCGGCUACGAUUGGUCAUGGAGCAAAGAAGAGCGAAAAGAAAAGCGAGGAGACAGGCGAGAGCCGCGCCUUACACCACGCAAUGGGCAGCGUUAACUCCCAAUCCAGAUACAACUUCCACCUCGGCUACGACAAAUUCUAACACGAACGCGGAACCACAAAGUGAACCAGAAUUGCAGCCCUGUAGUCCUGAGCCAGUAGUAGCUUGAGUUCGUCGUUAUUUUUCAUCGUAUUCUUACUCAGUCGUACCUCUACGUCACGUUGCCCUAGAAAUUAUUGAAACGAAUAAAUCUUCUUUGUUUUUUCUCUAUUAUUUUAUCAUCAACGCGUAACGAUACGUUGAGCCAAGCUUUAAUUAAAAACGCUAUUCUUACGUUGUAUGCACUGUAGUUAAUUACCUUACUCUUUGAAACGAUUAGGUGACAAUAAUAACGCGCAACAAACCGAAAUUUUGUUGUCAAAUAUUAUAGGUAUAUAUUAUCGGGAUGACAAUUAUGGCAAAUAUUGAGGAGAGGGAAAACAAGAAAAAAAAAAAUAAGAUAACAACGCGAUAUCAGAGGAGAUUUCAAAAAUGUGCAAAAGUAUGAUAGCGUGCGAUGGGUCUGAUGUAUUUAAUUGUAUCGAAUAUAAAGAUCAUCCGUAAUUGCGUUUAUCGACGGUAAUUAAUAAUCUUUAUCCCAUAUAAUCGCUAUGCAUACAUAAUCAUUUGGUCAAUGAGACUUGUGAUUUGUAUCAUAUUUAAUAUUUAAAAGAGAAGAAAAAAAAAGAGAAGAAAAAAAAACCAUACGUGAAGCGAAUAAUACAGUUAGAGUAAUAAUACUGAAAUAAUUAAACUAAUCAGAAUGAGUUUAAAUAAAUAAAAAAGAAAAUAAUAAUUACAUAAUUAAAAAAAGAAAAAAAAAAAAAAAA